AUGGUGAGCGCCUUCUUCCUCUUCUGCGGGUGCGUGGAGCAGGCCAACGUGGCGGUGGUCGAGAAGUGGGGCCGCUUCCUCCGCCUCGCCGAGCCGGGCCUCCACUUCUUCAACCCCUUCGCCGGCGAGCUCGUCGCCGGGACCCUCUCCACCCGCGUCCAGUCGCUCGACGUCAAGGUCGAGACCAAGACCAAGGAUAAUGUGUUUGUUCAGCUGAUCUGUACAAUUCAAUACCGGGUUGUUAAGGAGAAUGCAGACGAUGCAUUCUACGAGUUGCAGAAUCCCCAACAGCAAAUUCAGUCCUACGUCUUUGAUGUGGUUCGAGCCAUAGUUCCAAGAAUGGAGCUGGACAGUCUUUUUGAGCAAAAGAAUGAUGUCGCAAAGGCUGUACUUGAGGAGCUUGAAAAGGUGAUGUCAGAUUAUGGUUACAGCAUUGAGCACAUUCUCAUGGUUGACAUCAUCCCUGAUGCUGCUGUUCGCAGAGCAAUGAACGACAUAAAUGCAGCCCAACGGCUCCAGCUUGCGAGCGUCUACAAAGGAGAAGCGGAGAAGAUCCAUCUGGUGAAGAAGGCGGAAGGGGAGGCCGAGGCCAAGUACCUGUCGGGGGUCGGCAUCGCCAAGCAGCGGCAGGCCAUCACGGACGGCCUGCGGGAGAACAUCCUCAACUUCUCGCACUCGGUGUCGGGCACGAGCGCCAAGGAGGUGAUGGACCUGAUCAUGGUCACCCAGUACUUCGACACCAUCAAGGAGCUCGGGGACAACUCGAAGACCACCACGGUGUUCAUCCCCCACGGCCCGGGCCACGUCAAGGACAUCGGCGACCAGAUCCGCACCGGCAUGAUGGAGGCGUCGAGCAGCGGCCUGUAG